AUGGAGGAGCUUGUCGUUUUCCGCUGGGGCGCGCCGCGAGUCCUGUUGACGGAUAACGGAACGGAAUUUAUUAAUAGGGAGAUCGGGGCCCUCGCGGCCCAGUACGGUAUUAGCCACUCGACGAUUCCGCCGUACCACCCGCAGGCUAACCCAGUCGAGCGGGUGAACCGCGUCCUUAAAACAAUGAUCACCGCGUUCCUGGAGCGAGAUCACCGGGAGUGGGACCUCCACCUGGCCGAGUUCCGCUUCGCCUAUAAUUCCGCGUACCAUAUCUCCCUCCGAACGACGCCCGCCUUUCUGAAUUUCGGGAGGGAACCGGACCCGGUGGGCCUGGCCGACCCCACAGGGGCGGCGGCGACCGAGGUCGAGCUGUUGGAACCGGGUGAUUGGGGCCAACGCAUGGAGCGCAUGCGCACGCUGCAAGCAUGGGUGACGGAAAAAUUGGAGGCCGCGCGGGAGGCCCAGGCGCGUCAGUACAACAAAGGGAGAAGAGACCGACAAUACGAGAUCGGCGCGCCUGUGCUGAAGCGGCAGCGUGUACUGUCGUCCGCGGCUCAGCAUGUCUCCGCGAAACUGGCGACCAAAUUCCACGGCCCCUACACCAUCGCGAAGAUCUUGUCGCGUACGGUCAGCGAGAGCCACAGCGUGCCGCGCACCCGCGCCGCCGAAGUCACCGGGCGAGAGAACGCCGGGGGAGGCGUCGCGACAGGAUGGAGGACCGCGCCACCUUCAACCGGAGGUGGGGCCCGUUGUACCGGUGGAUACUGCAGGAGUACCCCGGGUUCUGGGAGGCCCUCCCCGGGGGAGAUGGUCCGCCAGCUGAGCGGGCCCGACGGUCCCGGCCAUGUGGCCAUUUCCGACUGGCCGGAGUCACGGGAAGCCGAGACGCAGACCGCGCCGAGCCCCCGCAGGAGCCGGGGCACCAGGCGGACCGCCCGGGGGCCCGCGUCCAGGACGCCGCGACACAGACGGAGCCGAGUGAGAUAUCAGCAGAGCAGUAUGAUAGUUUUACGGCCAGUUUCGCUGUCGCGGAAACAUCCCAAGCCCAAGCUAAUGAGAAAAAAAAUAGACACAAUCGACGCUAGAGUCACAGUCCCAGUAACGAAAGACAAAGAUCCUACUUGUACCAUCAAAGGACCCGUUGUAUACACGGCGGUAUCAAAGGACGCAGAUUGCUAUAACAUGAAUCACAAAAAUCGCGGCAAGUGCAUAAUCUUCAAUCACGAGAGAUUUGACUUUACAAAUUUUUCCCAACGGGAGGGUUCAUCAUUGGACGCCAAGAGACUGGAAGUAACUUUCGGGAAUCUUGGAUUUGACGUGGAAGAUUACGAUGACUUCACGCAUAGCGAAGUUAUGGCUUGUAUGUUACAAGACGUGAGCAAGCUCGAUCAUACGGAUAAUGACUGUCUCUGCAUCAUUGUGCUAACUCAUGAGACCGAGCACGAUAUGAUAUGCGCGAAGAACGCCAUUUACCAAGUCGACGUGCUUUGGAAGCCCUUCAUCGCUGAUAAAUGCACAUCGCUCGCGGGCAAGCCUAAGCUGUUCUUCAUCCAGGCUUGCAGAGGGGAAGCAGCCGACAGUGGUAUUAAAAUAUCUCCCCGCACUCUAAGACAAACUGAAACUGACACGCAGAUUUUCUGAUGGCUUACAGCUCGAGGCAAGGUGAGUGUCUAUGAUACCUCAAUAUGAUUCUACAGAAAGUUGGUCAUUUUGUAGAGGCAUUGUUCUAACGGGGGUAUUCAAAAAGGGCUGAGCACCAAUGUAAUAACUAAAAUUGACUUUAACAAAAUAUUACAAGAAUCGAACUUAUUUCUGUUUCGGAUUUUAAACACGAUGUGCAAAAAUGCACUUUUUGAAGCUAUCACAAUAUAUAAAUUUGAAAAAGUACAACGAAAAACUCAUGUGUAAAUAAAAGCGUGCCGAGCCGCCUAAUUCUACAACGAGAACUUGCAGUUGAAAAUUACUUACGCGUCGAGUCGCUAAUCCGAGUUUUUUUUUAACAAGUUUCUCAUUUUGUUUCACACUUCUAUUCCAUCGUGUAAGCGUGAAAAGGCAUGUUUCGUCGAACGCCACGAAUAUUUUAUUAUAUACGCAACUUAUAACAACGAAUUAUGUAAAUUAUACACAAUUUAUAUGUAUGUGUAUACAUGUAUUAUUUAUAUUUAUACACACACACAUAAUAGUAAUUUUGUAAUACAAUUUCUGUAAUGCAUUAUUUGGACAGU